UGCAGGGACCGCGCUCCCGCCGGCAGCUCGGAGGAUGGACAGGAGGGCGCGGAGCUCCUCCCGAGAGGCCCGGGGGAGUGGCGGCGGGGCCCCCCGCAAGGAGAACCGGAGGGCGAAGGCGGAGCGGGGCGGUGGAGGCCGCGGGCGCCGGGAUGCGGGGCGCGAGCGGCGGGACGUCGGGCAGGAAGGGAGCCCCCGGGAGACCCGCGCGCCCGCGGCUGCCGUGGCAGCCACCGUGGUGGACGUGGAUGAUGUGCGGGGCUCCGGCGAGGAGGGCACCGAGGCGAUGGCGCCGCUGGAGAGCGAGCGGCCUGAGGAAGGUACCAAGUCUUCUGGGUUAGGGGCCUGUGAGUGGCUUCUUGUCCUCGCAUCCCUGCUCAUCAUCAUCGUGACCUUCCCUUUUUCUGUCUGGUUCUGCAUAAAGGUUGUACAAGAAUAUGAGAGAGUAAUUAUAUUCCGACUGGGACAUCUGCUUCCUGGGAGAGCCAAAGGCCCUGCAAGUUUUAUUAAGAAAUUCUUCAGAGAGCAUUACUACCAGAUCACAAUAACCAAGAGAGAAGAUGGGAGCAGAGAACUAAAUGCCAGGGCCAGGCUGGCCAGAGUAACAGGUCUUUUCUUCUUUUUGCCCUGCCUGGACACCUACCACAAAGUUGACCUUCGUCUCCAAACCUUGGAGAUACCCUUUCAUGAGGUUGUGACCAAAGACAUGUUUAUAAUGGAGAUAGAUGCCAUCUGCUACUACCGAAUAGAAAAUGCCUCUCUUCUCCUAAGCAGUCUUGCUCAUGUGUCCAAAACUAUUCAGUUCCUCGUGCAAACCACCAUGAAGCGUCUGCUAGCACAUCGAUCCCUCACUGAAAUUCUUCUAGAGAGGAAGAGCAUCGCCCAAGAUGUAAAGGUCGCCUUGGAUUCAGUGACCUGUAUUUGGGGAAUCAAAGUGGAGAGAACAGAAAUUAAGGACGUGAGGCUGCCGGCCGGGCUGCAGCACUCCCUGGCUGUGGAAGCCGAAGCGCAGAGACAGGCCCGAGUGCGGAUGAUCGCUGCAGAAGGGGAGAGAGCCACCUCCGAGUCCCUGAGAAUGGCAGCUGAGGUUCUAUCAGGCACUCCGGCUGCUGUUCAGCUUCGAUACCUCCACACUCUUCAGUCCUUGUUCACAGACAAACCUUCCACCGUGGUUAUACCUUUGCCAUUUGACAUGUUAAAUUUCGUGUCUUCUCCCAGCAACAGAACUCAAGGAAGCAUCCCCUUCCCAAACCCUUCCAAACCUGUGGAACCAUUGAAUCCUAAAAGGAAAGACUCUCCCAUGUUGUAAGAGGGGCGAAGGAUGCUAUGUGGGAACCUGCCGUGUGACAGCCACACGCCCGAGUGUUCUCACUUCCUGCCCUUUCGCUUGGUUGCCGGAUAGAAUGCCCUCGGAAUGUAUGAAGCUGCAAUGCAGCAACCUGCCCACACGAGAAGACAGUGAAAUCAUGUAACGACCAAGAAGAGAUACAACAAGUUUAAGUAGGUCAUCUAGUCAGAGUAAUUAUGGGAACGAGCGUUAGCCAACAUUCUACUUUGGAAAGAAUUUUGAGUCCAUAUAUGGCUAAACUUAGAUGUGGUUCAAAUGUCCUUUUUGCUGUGUGCCUUCUGGCCCCUUUGGCAAUGUCUUCGCUGCUCCCGCAGCCCUUUCUACAUGCGCUGAUCAUUGUGUUUAUUACACUGUGUUGUAUAAUCCUGUACUUAAGAUGCAGGCUUCUCUCCAACUAUACUAUGAACUCCUCAAAGGUACAUCUUAGUUAUUCUCCCCUGACCACACUCAACCUUGUACACUCCACCCCAUUGUCCUCACACCUAAUCCUGAUACCUGCACCACAGUGACACUUAAAUGUCUGAGUGAAUGAGAGUAAAAGAGAUAUAGUUGGGCUAAAUAUAAAUAAAGAAUUUAAAAGGAAUUAUAAAGUUCCUUUUUUUAUAAAGACUCCUUUUUGAAAUAUAGAAAUAAAAGGACAAAAACAUUUAUCUGAUACAUGUUGCUUAAAAUCGGAGGAAGCAUCACUAUAAAUAUGGGGCCAAUGUAUUUUCAGUAUAGAAUUGACCAGUUUGCGUAUUUUUCAAACAGUAACAUUAUGUGAUCUAUACAUACUUUGA